AUGCAACAUCAACCCCAACAACAGCAUCACUAUGAACCUCGCCCACCGCUGAAUCAGUCAAAUGGACAGCAGGGACUGCCUCCACCCCACCAGCACAUGCAGCAUCCACGAUCGGCAGGUCUAAUCCAACAACACCGCCCAAACUCGCCUCACCAAUCCCAAAAUCUACAAUCAUCUCAAGGACCCUACAUUUCGCCACAUUCGUCGACGCAAAGCCUGCCACCCCAGCACCAGCAGCACCAGUCUCCGUACAUCGGGACGUCUGCUGUACCGGGUAUCCCAUCGCAGCAUUCUGGUGAGCCCGCGUUCUUCGGUGCCCAUCCCAGUCCGUACAGCAACAAUAGCGCUGCGGGGAGCUACGCAUCAUCAGAACCAAACGAGAGCAUGGCAGCAACACAGGCAGCUAUCGRCCGCCAGUCGUAUCCGCCAAUCUCAAGCUACCAGACACCGCAGUCCAACUCUCCGGCAUCCAUCCACUCGCCGCAGACGGAUGCACAUGGUCGACCGAUGUACGGCUUAUCCUCGAUGCCUACCCAAAUGUACUACCCACAGUACCAGAUGCAGCAGCCGUCGCCAUACGGGCAACAUCCUGCUGCCGCAUCGCAUCAUUCACAAAUGACAUCGGCACCCGGCAUGCUGAUGUCACACCAACAGCCCCAGCAACAGAUGCAUCAAUCGUCACAAUCCCAACAGGGUCACCCGCAAGCUGGUCUAAUCGACGCCAAACCAUCACAAUCGUCCAUUCCGCGGCCACCAUCGGUUCUGGCACCUCCUCAGGGAACGUCCCAAACACCUUCAGGUCCAGCUCCAGGUCCCAUUCCGGMAACGACGCCGCUCGUCGUUCGUCAAGAUGGCAACGGCGUGCAGUGGAUUGCUUUUGAGUACUCGCGCGACCGCGUGAAGAUGGAAUACACCAUCCGCUGCGACGUCGAGUCGGUGAAUGUCGAUGAGUUGAGCCAAGAGUUCAAGUCUGCAAAUUGCGUUUACCCGCGUGCAUGCUGCGGCAAAGACCAAUACAAGGGAAACCGUUUGCACUAUGAGAGCGAAUGCAAUGCGGUUGGCUGGGCACUGGMACAACUGAACCCUCCCUUGCGCGAAAAACGUGGCUUGAUUCAGCGUGCCGUUGACAGCUGGAGGAAUAGCAACCAAGACGUGAGAUUACGGAGCCGUCGCGUGCGACGCAUGGCGAAGAUCAACACAAGGAACCAAGCCAAGGCGACGCCUGGUGGACCAUUCCCGGGUCCGCAAGGGCCUGGCAGCGCUGGGCUGCCACCCAACGGCAUGGCCCAAGGCUCAGGACGCCCGCCGAAUAUGGGCCCAGGUGGCAUGCAUCACCAUCACACCGACGGCAGCGGAUCCGGCGGUGGCAACGACGUCAGCGCCGGAAAUGAUUACAAUAGCGCUGCCGGACAUCCUGAGCAAGGGGCAAACGGAGAGAACGAUCAUCUAUCAGCAUCUCCAGCGGGCCGAUACGCGCAGAACUUCUACCCAAGCUACCCUCAGCAUUCGCAUCCGGCCUCGUCCAUGCCAUCGAUCCUCGGCAUGGAAUCCAUGCAUGGUCAUGCCUCUACCCUUGCCACAGCUUCGGUCAAGUAUGAAGACGAAGAGCAUAAGCGUGCACUCUUUGGCGACGUGCCUGAAUCUAAGCGUCGCAAGUUCAUACUCGUCGACGACACCCAACGAGGUACUCGUGUAAGGGUCCGGGUAAUGCUGGACCAAGUCAAGAUGGACGACAUGCCAGACGCCCACCUCAGGAUCAACGCGGUGUACCCUCGUUCCUACUUUGCUCGGCAGAUGAGAUCGCCACCUGGUUCACCGCGGGCGCGCGGUCACUGGGACGAUGAAGACGAUGGCCCCGAAGUUGGUGCGGCUGGUAAGACAUUGGUGCCUGUUUCCCUCAUGGACGGUAGCGAGGCCAAACUGCCUGUGCCUCGCAUGACCAAGUCGCGGAGGAACAAAGAAGUUGCCUUAAACGAGCUGGGCUACCGCAUGAGCUGGGGACAGGCACGAACUUUUAACGGGCGAACAUUGUUCUUGCAACGCUCGCUUGAUGCAUAUCGCAACAAGAUACGAAGCACCAUGAUCGCAGACGGCAAAGAGGCGGCAACAAUCGCGACCCACUUCGAGACACGCCCAGGCAAGCGAAAGUGGCUCGAGCGUAACAAGAGUGCAAGGCGAGCCGAGUCCAUGUAA